AGAUCGUUAGUCGUCACGACGUCACUAAAUCAUCGUCAGUGUAUGCGCGUGUAUAAAAAUAAUUUAGUCAGGCGAGUGUACACAUUUUAUAUCAGUCGUGAAAUAUUAUGUUAUAACUUAUAAGAGAGCUGUUGCGGCACCGUAAUACUUGGAUACCUAUUAUACCUAAAUAUACACGUCACCAUUUGCCUCUAGACUAGUUAUAGUUCUCCAUCGAUCGAGUAUAGAAAUAAUUUAUUUAUAUCAAUCAUUCAAUCGUAAUGUCGGUGUUCUAUGAGAAUGUAGACUACGAUGGCUUGUUGGCAAAAAUGGACCAAAAAUCAUUUGUGAUCGAUGUCCGUGAACGUCACGAGCUUGCUGCGACUGGAUCGUUACCCAACAGUUUAAACUUUAAACUCGGCGAGUUAGAAAAUGAUUUAAGUUUGCCUGCUGAAGUAUUCGAGAAAAAAUACAACGUGCCCAAACCCGACAAAGAUAACAACGAAAUCGUAUUCUCCUGUGCCCGGGGAAAUAGAAGUCGCCGUGCAGCUGAAAUCGCUUUCAAACUAGAUUACAAAAAGUUAUUUAAUUACACAGGUGGUUGGGCCGAAUGGUCGGUGAAGUAUCCAAGUGCAUAAGAUUAUUAUUCUAAUACUAGAAAACAACAAAAUUAAAUAUUAAUAAGCAAUUCAUUCAUCAUUGUACAUAUUAUACUCUAAGUAGUAAAGUAGGUACCUAUCUAUUACUUUUUACCUACUACAUUGUGAUGACAAGUGACACAAUGUAAUAUUUAAAUAAUAAAAAAAUUGCAGUCAUCGUUUAGUAUAAUAGCCACAAAUAUAAACUAUAAUUGCGGAGAAGUUGGGAAUCUAUCUAAUAUCUAAUUACUUAAUAGUUACUAGUUUACUGUUUACUAUUGUCUAUUAUAGCCAAUAAUGUUCCCAAUGGAACAUUGAACAUUUUCUUAAUUGAUUACUAUUAUUAUUUAUUAUUUAGGUACUAGUGUACUACCUACCAAUACUAUAGUAUAUUUCCUUAUAUCUAACCUAAUGUGAUUUAUCUUUUUAUAUGCCUAAAAUUUUAAUACUUAAUGGCUAGUACCUAUACAUAUUAUAGUUGAAGUUUAGAUUUUGUAAUUUUUCAUAGAUUAAAGAAGGAAUAAAAUUAUAAUUAGUAUAUUAAUUUUAAUCUUGUCUGCUAUAUAUUUUAAUCAAGUAUUUUUUUUUUUUUUUAAUCUUAUAUCAAUGGUUAAAAGAUCAAUAAUUGUCGCAACCCUCAGUUUGGGUGAAAAUUAUGCUAUAAAAAAUAUAUUAAGUUUUAUUAAAUUAGUUUUGUUAUUUUUUUUUAUUUCCAUCAUAAGCCAACAUACAAUGAUACAAUGGACACGAGAUGACAAAACAUGAUGGUAAGAUAGAUUAUACAUACUCAUACAGUCGUACUAGAUUUAAGGUCUAUGAAGCCACAUCAUGAUUUUAUAAUAGGAAUUAUUAUUUAUUAUGUAUAUAUAGUUGUCAUUUUAACCAUUGUAAAUCCUAAUAAAUGUUAAUAGCUUAUGAA